GCCGCGCGGGGCGUGGCCGCGGGCUCGGGACUCCGGCCGCGGGGAGUGGGGCGCCGGUGCUCGUGCCGCCAGACUCGGCUCCGAGGGGCACGUCCGCGCCGCGCUCGCCGCUCGCCCGCGGCUGCUAGCUUCCCCGGGACUUCCUGCCCGCGCGGUCUCCACCCGGCCGCGGCCCCCGCGCUCGGCUCGGGCUGCGGCGGCGGCGCGCGCGGAGGCGGCCGGCGGGCUGUGCGCGCGGACGGCUGCAAUCAUGGGGCUGCAGCCCCUCGAGUUCAGCGACUGCUACCUCGACAGUCCGUGGUUCAGGGAGAGGAUCCGCGCCCACGAAGCGGAGCUCGAGAGGACGAACAAGUUCAUCAAAGAGCUCAUCAAGGAUGGGAAGAACCUCAUCGCGGCCACCAAAAGUCUCUCGGCAGCCCAGCGGAAGUUUGCCCACUCACUCAGAGACUUUAAAUUUGAGUUCAUCGGGGACGCGGAGACCGAUGAUGAACGCUGCAUAGAUGCUUCCUUGCGUGAAUUUUCUAAUUUUUUGAAGAACCUGGAAGAACAGAGAGAAAUCAUGGCAUUAAGUGUCACUGAAACCCUGAUUAAGCCAUUGGAGAAAUUCAGAAAGGAGCAACUGGGAGCUGUGAAGGAAGAAAAGAAGAAGUUCGACAAAGAGACAGAGAAGAACUAUAGCCUGAUUGAUAAACAUUUGAAUUUAUCAGCAAAAAAGAAAGACUCACAUUUACAAGAGGCAGACACGCAAGUGGAGCAGACACGGCAGCACUUCUAUGAACUGUCUCUUGAGUAUGUGUGUAAGCUGCAGGAAAUCCAGGAGAGAAAGAAGUUUGAAUUCGUGGAGCCUAUGCUGUCAUUUUUUCAGGGAAUGUUUACUUUCUACCAUCAGGGCCAUGAACUUGCCAAAGACUUCAAUCACUACAAAAUGGAACUACAGAUCAACAUUCAGAACACGCGGAACCGUUUUGAAGGCACGAGGUCGGAAGUGGAAGAGCUGAUGAACAAAACCAGGCAGCACCCCAAAGACCACACGCGGGCCAGUCAGUUCACGGCGGAGGGCUACCUGUACGUCCAGGAGAAAAGGCCUGCCCCCUUCGGGUCCAGCUGGGUCAAGCACUACUGCAUGUACCGCAAGGCGGCCAAGAAGUUCAACAUGAUCCCGUUCGAGCACAGGUCUGGAGGGAAGCUCGGGGAUGGAGAGGCGUUCUUUUUGAAAGACUGUACCAAAAGGCACACCGACUCCAUCGACAGAAGGUUCUGUUUUGACGUGGAAGCUGCUGACCGGCCCGGCAUUUCCCUGACCAUGCAGGCCUUCUCGGAGGAGGAACGGAGGCAGUGGCUGGAAGCUCUGGGCGGAAAAGAAGCGCUGCUCCAGAGUUUUAACCGAGCCAUCGUCCCAAGACCAGAAGGAAGUGCACAGCUGGAUAAGACGGGAUUCACCAUUAUCAGAAAGUGCAUCAGUGCCGUCGAAUCACGAGGUAUAAAUGACCAAGGAUUGUACAGAGUUGUGGGGGUGAGUUCAAAGGUCCAGAGACUUCUCAGUAUGUUGAUGGAUGUAAAAACAUGCAAUGAAUUGGACCUGGAGAAUUCCAUAGAUUGGGAAGUGAAGACAAUAACAAGUGCCCUGAAACAGUAUUUGAGGAGUCUCCCGGAGCCGCUCAUGACCUACGAGCUGCAUGGGGAUUUCAUUGUGCCCGUCAAAAGUGGGAGCCCAGAGUCUCGUGUGAAUGCUAUCCAUUUCUUGGUACACAAGUUGCCAGAAAAAAAUAAAGAAAUGUUGGAUAUUUUGGUGAAACACUUAACCAAUGUAUCAAACCACUCCAAGCAGAACCUGAUGACCGUGGCGAAUCUAGGAGUGGUGUUUGGACCAACUCUGAUGAGGCCGCAGGAGGAAACUGUUGCUGCCAUCAUGGAUCUGAAGUUUCAGAACAUCGUCGUGGAAAUCUUAAUCGAAAAUCAUGAAAAGAUUUUUAGGACCCCGCCUGAUGCCACAUUCCCUGAGCCAGUCUCCCUGUCAGCGUCACCCCCAAAUGCGCCACCAAGACAAUCGAAGAGACCAGGCCAGAGGACCAAGAGACCCGUGGCCGUGUAUAAUCUUUGUCUCGAGCUGGAAGAUGGUGACAGUCCUCACCCUCCUAAGGAGGACACCAGCAGUCUAGACUCACUUUCCUCCCUGUCUCCCACGACUGCAGCUGUUCAUGGGCUCCCUGGACCAGACAAAAACCACCUCGUCACCGAUGGGGACUGGGCACCCACUGCCUCAAGCCAGACCCGAUCGUCGAUGGUCCAGUGGCUCAACCCGCAGUCUCCGACCACACCAAGCUGCACCCAGGCUCUUACGCCGUCUUCACCCAAGUUGCCACCUUGCCUUUUCUCUCCUCCCACCACCGUAGCGGACAAGCCACCUGAAAGCGUCACCAGCCGGAAAGCCCGAGCGGUGUAUCCUUGUGAAGCAGAACACAGCUCCGAAUUAUCUUUCGAAAUAGGAGCGAUUUUUGAGGAUGUACAAACCUCGAGGGAACCUGGCUGGCUAGAAGGGACUCUGGAUGGCAAGAGGGGGCUGAUUCCACAGAACUAUGUCAAGCUACUCUAGCGCCUGGCCUGGGAGGGCCCCACCUGCACCCGUACCCUCGGACCUCCCUGGGGGCCUAGAACUUCUCCCCCCAGGCGGACACUCUGGAAUUACAGAUCACGGAUGGGCACUCCAGGGGUGGGGAGGGGGGAUGUACUCCUAGAGGUGGGUGGGGAGGGACACACCGCCCAGGGCUGCGUGGGUCUGUGCAGCGGGAGAAGAACGUCGGGAUUGACACAGUGGACUUUGCAUUUGUCAAGCCCCGGGACUGGGGGCUGUUGGGUGGCAGGCCCCAGAGCGGGAGAGAGAGUGGCCUUCUGCUGGUGCGCUCCUCACCUGCGGCUGCUCUGCUGUGCGUCUGCCCGCCGGCCUGCUGCUGAGACGCUAAUGGUACGUGCGUGGUGUUUGCUCUCAGCUCCAACCACGAGCUGUGGAGGGGCCACAGCCGGGGUCAGGCAGUGAAUGACUUGGUCUAAGCCCACAGGUGCUCCUGCCCACGUGGCCUCCACCGGGCCCCCUGUGCACUGUCCCCCGAGAACACCGUCCUAUUUAUAACAGGCCUCUGCUCGGUGUUUCUCAUCUGUCUGCUCUUUCCCAGUCACCGCCUUUCUGCCCCACGGUCUCUGUAAGUGAAAUAAAAUAUAAUUUACUA